AUGUUAUUUUACCCGAGUAAGAAAAUUACCAUUCCCAAUAAUGUGAAGCUGAAGUGUGUAUCUUGGAACAAGAACCAAGGAUUCAUAGCAUGCGGUGGUGAAGAUGGAUUACUUAAAGUUUUGAAAUUGGAGACACAGACAGAUGAUGCAAAGUUGACAGGUCUUGCAGCCCCUAGUACCCUUUCUGUGAAUCAGACUCUUGAAGGUCAUAGUGGUUCUGUUCAAGUUGUCAUAUGGAAUGAACAAUACCAGAAGUUGACUACCAGUGAUGAAAAUGGUCUUAUCAUUGUUUGGAUGUUAUAUAAAGGCUCGUGGUAUGAGGAGAUGAUCAAUGAUAGGAACAGAUCAGUGGCUCGAAGUAUGAGCUGGAAUGCCGACGGACGGAAGAUCUGCAUCGUGUACGAAGACGGGGCUGUGAUAGUUGGUUCUGUGGACGGGAAUCGCAUUUGGAGAAAAGACCUGAAGGGUAUACAGUUAUGCCAUGUAGCCUGGUCCACAGAUAGCAAAAUCUUACUUUUUGGAAUGGCAAAUGGAGAAAUACACAUUUAUGAUAAUCAGGGGAAUUUUAUAAUGAAAAUGAAACUCAGGUGUUUAGUGAAUGUCACUGGAGCAAUCAGUAUUGCUGGAAUUCAUUGGUACCAUGGCACAGAAGGCUACGUGGAGCCAGAUUGCCCUUGCCUUGCUAUUUGUUUUGACAAUGGGAGAUGCCAAAUAAUGAGACAUGAAAAUGACCAAAAUCCUGUUUUAAUUAAUGCUGACAUGUAUGUAGUCAGCAUCCAGUGGAACCACACUGGCAGUGUGCUAGCUGUGGCAGGCUCCCAGGAGGCCAACACUCAGGAUAAAGAUGUAAACGUUGUACAGUUUUACACUCCGUUUGGUGUGCAUCUGGGUACUUUGAAGGUUCCUGGAAAGCAGAUUUCUGCACUAUCUUGGGAAGGAGGUGGACUGAAAAUUGCACUAGCUGUUGAUUCUUUUAUAUAUUUUGCAAAUAUUAGACCUGAUUAUAAGUGGGGUUACUGCUCAAACACUGUAGUUUAUGCGUAUACCAGACCUGAUCGUCCAGAGUACUGUGUUAUCUUUUGGGAUACGAAAAACAAUGAGACGUAUGUUAAAUAUGUCAAGAGUCUCAUUUCCAUUACUACCUGUGGGGAUUUCUGCAUUUUGGCUGCAAAAGCUGAUGAAAAUCAUCCUCAGGAGGAGAACGAUAUGGAAACAUUUGGUGCAACGUUUGUGCUAGUCCUUUGUAAUUCUAUUGGCACACCCCUGGAUCCCAAAUACAUUGAUAUUGUACCAUUAUUUGUUACAAUGACCAAAACCCAUGUGAUAGCAGCUUCGAAAGAAGCAUUUUAUACCUGGCAAUAUCGUGUGGCAAAGAAGCUCACAGCAUUGGAAAUUAAUCAGAUCACACGGUCUCGAAAAGAAGGCAGAGAAAGAAUUUAUCAUGUUGAUGAUACUCCUUCUGGGUCAGUGGAUGGGGUGCUUGAUUAUAGUAAAGCCAUUCAAGGAACAAGGGAUCCAAUUUGUGCCAUAACUGCAUCUGAUAAGACAUUGAUUGUGAGUCGUGAAUCUGGCACCAUUCAGAGAUACAGUCUUCCUAAUGUUGGUUUGAUCCAAAAAUAUUCCCUUAAUUGUCGAGCCUGCCGGUUAUCCUUGAAUUGCAACUCCAGUCGUCUUGCAAUCAUAGACACCGCAGGAGUUCUAACCUGCUUUGACUUGGAUGCUCGGGUAAGAGACAGCACAGGACAGCAAGUCACUGGCGAGUUGUUAAAAUUGGAGCGAAAAAAUGUCUGGGAUAUGAGCUGGGCCAGAGAUAAUCCUGAUCUGUUUGCAAUGAUGGAGAGGACAAGGAUGUAUGUUUUCAGAAACUUGGAUCCUGAGGAGCCCAUUCAGACUUCUGGAUAUAUUUGUAACUUUGAGGACUUAGAAAUUAAAUCUGUUCUUUUGGAUGAGAUAUUAAAGAAUCCAGAACAUCCGAACAAGGAUUAUAUCAUUAACUUCGAGCUUCAGUCCCUGCGAGAUAGCCGAGCACUGAUUGAGAAUGUUGGAAUUCAACAUGCAUCUCAAUUCAUACAGGACAAUCCACACCCCCGACUUUGGCGCCUGCUGGCUGAAGCAGCUCUUCAGAAGCUGGAUUUGCACACUGCGGAGCAAGGGUUCGUGCGCUGUAAGGAUUACCAAGGCAUUAAGUUUGUGAAGCGCCUGGGCAACCUACAGAGCGAGUCCAUGAAGCAGGCGGAGGUGGUCGCCUACUUCGGCAGGUUCGAGGAAGCAGAGAGAAUGUACCUCGAUAUGGACAGAAGAGAUCUUGCUAUUGGCCUCUGGGUGAAAUUGGGAGAUUGGUUUAGAGUACUCCAACUCCUGAAAACUGGAUCUGGUGAUGCAGAUGACAGUCUCCUUGAACAAGCCUACAACGGCAUCGGAGACUACUUUGCUGAUCGACAAAAGUGGUUGAAUGCUGUGCAGUAUUAUGUACAAGGCCAGAACCAGGAGUGCUUAGCUGAAUGUUAUUAUAUGUUAGAAGAUUAUGAAGGAUUGGAGAGUCUUGCCAAUUCACUUCCAGAAAACCACAAGUUGCUUCCAGAAAUAGCACAAAUGUUUGUGAGAGCUGGAAUGUGUGAACUAGCAGUGACUGCAUUUUUGAAAUGUAAUCAACCAAAGGCAGCAGUGGAUACCUGUGUACAUCUCAACCAAUGGAACAAAGCUGUUGAAUUGGCUAAAAGUCAUAGCAUGAAGGAAAUUGAUUCCCUGUUAGAGAGGUAUGCAUGCCAUUUAUUGGGAAAGAAUAAAACUCUUGAUGCCAUAGAACUCUACCGGAAAGCCAGUUACUUUUAUGAUGCUGCUAAACUGAUGUUUAAGAUUGCAGAUGAAGAGGCAAAGAAAAGAACUAAACCUUUACUUGUUAAGAAGCUCUAUGUACUAUCAGCUUUACUUAUAGAGCAGUACCAUGAACAAAUGAAAAAUGCUCAACGAGGAAAAGCUAAAGGAAAGAACUCAGAGGCCACUUCUGCUUUGGCUGGUUUGCUGGAAGAAGAAGCUCUGUCCACAACUAGUCGUUUCACAGAUACUGCAUGGAGGGGGGCUGAGGCUUACCACUUCUUCCUCUUGGCACAGAGGCAGCUCUACGAGGGCAGUGUUGACAGUGCAUUGAAGACAGCUCUUCACCUGAGAGACUAUGAAGACAUUAUCCCUGCCAUUGAGAUCUACUCUCUGUUGGCCCUCUGUGCAUGUGCCAGAAGAGCUUUUGGUACCUGUUCAAAAGCUUUUAUUAAACUUGAAUCUUUAGAGACCCUCAGUUCAGAACAGAAACAGCAGUAUGAAGAUCUUGCUCUAGAAAUCUUCACCAGACAUACUCCAAAAGAUAACAGAAAAUCUGAACUGGACAGCCUUCUUGAAGGAGGGGAAGGGAAACUGCCAACAUGUGUUGCCACAGGAAGCCCAAUCACUGAGUAUCAAUUCUGGAUGUGCAGCAUAUGCAAGCACUGUGUUCUGGCUCAGGAAAUCAGUAACUACAACUUCUGCCCCUUGUGUCAUAGUCCAGUGGGAUGAAGGAGUG